AUGAGGGACAUCACCUACUACAAGACUGAUGAAAUCCCACCUAUUGACAGCAUCACCUGGGACCAACUCAUAACCUAUCUCAAAGCCGGCUAUGAUCCCCGAUUCUGUGGCACUUUAGACGCAGCUAAAGACAACAUCAACAACGGCACCAUGGGCGACGCGCUUGCUGUUUUCGAAUCCUUCUCCCAUUUCAUCUUUAAGUUAAACAAAGAGUCCAAGAUCCGCGUCGAAGACAAUUACCCGUUCAAGCAUGAAAUAAGGAAAGAAAUCCACAAACACCUGUACGCGACCUUGGAUUCCUACCAGGCUGCCUUGGGUGAUUCGACUAAGAUGAAAACGGCGUGGGACGCAGUCUUGUCUGUGCUGAGUCCCGCCAACGGCUUCUAUGAUACAGCAAAGACCACCAUUUGUAAAGAAUUCUACGAUUCCCUUACAAAGUAUGUCAUCCAGUGUGGAACAUUGAACAAACAGACCGCGUUGGUCCUGGUCAAGGCCUGUCCUAAGGUGAAUUAUUAUGACGAAGGCAUGUAUGGAAGGUUUGCAAAAUGA